AUGUCCGAUAAACUACAAGAAUCUAGGAUUCAUGAUGUUGAGAAAUUGAGGUCGCCUAAAGACACAAGCAGUGUUCGAUUGCCGGUUGCUAGCAAUGACCCGAACGAUCCUCUGAACUGGCCGUUACCUGUCAAGGUCUCGGUCUAUCUUACGGUCUGCUUCUUAACAUUCAUCGCCAAUGUGAAUGGCAGCAACUUCACUGUCGCUAUAGUGUCACUCCGGAAGCGCUUCCACUUAGAUGCUACAGAUGCAACUCUUCUGGUCGGACUGAACGUCCUCAUGUUUGGGGUCGGUAAUAUCCUCUGGGUACCUCUGAUGCGAGUGCUUGGUAAACGUCCCGUAUACCUUAUGGCCUUGACGAUCUUGACUGCGGCCAAUAUCUGGAGUGCCUUUGCACAAUCUUGGGGCAGUCUACUGGGCGGACGUAUGCUCAGUGGUGUUGGUGCUGCUUGUGCUGAUGCCACAGUCCCCUCUCUCGUAGCUGAGAUGUUCUUCUUCGACCAGCGCGGCCACUGCAUGAUGUUUUUUCAUGUAGCCUUGUCAUCAGGUCUCUUCUUGGGGCCACUUAUCAAUGCGUAUAUCGUCGAACUACAUGGCUGGCGUUGGAGUUGUGGCUUCAUUGCCAUCUUCUCUGGCGUCUUGCUCAUUUGCACCUUCUUUCUUGUUCGAGAAACGCAGUACACCAGACCACGUAUCCAGCAUCCUGAGGAUAGUAUACCAACCAAGAGAAGCUAUGUUAGAUGGCUCUCCCCGACGAUCGGAUACAAUCCUCAAGGCCAUUUUGUACGCACAUUCUGGGAUAUCCUGCGUAUGGCCACUUACCCACCCGUCUUUUGGGCUGGUAUCCUCAUUGGCUGUUUCGUCAGCUGGACCAUCGUUGUCCAAAUUACUACAACGCAGACCUUCACGAAACCACCAUACCGAUGGACUACAGGCGCGGUCGGUCUUUUCUCUCUAUCUGCCUUCAUCGGCGCCAUGCUGUCAUUUUACGCUGGAGGUCGUCUAAUCGAUCUCAUCGCCAAUCGAGCCCGUCAACGCGCUUCGCAUCCUCGCCCAGAGAUUAGACUUGUCGCUCUAAUCAUCCCUGCCAUUAUCGGCCCACUAGGAAUCAUCACAUACGGCCAAUGUGCCGCACACAAAACAGCAUGGGUGGGCCCAGCGUUUGGCUACGGCAUGCACGCUUUUGCUCUCACAUCUCUCAGCAACAUAGUCGUCACGUACGUAGUCGACUGCUACUCACAGUACGCCGGCGAAGCACUGGUGAUCGUGUUCGUGAUCCGCAAUGCCAUUGCCUGUAUUUUGAGCAUGUACUCUAGCGAUUGGAUUGCUGAACAAGGAGCUUCGAUUGUGUUUGGUGAGAUGGCGGCUAUACAGUAUUUUUUGCUGUUGUUUGCUGUGCCGCUCUAUUUCUGUGGUCCUGCUUUGCUGAAGUUUACGGCUACUUAUGGACCUAUGUCGAGGGUGGCGGUCUAG